AUGACCAACAAUAUCCUUGUAGUGGGUGCAACAAGGGGUCUCGGCGCCUCCCUCAGAGCACUCUACGCCAAAGAUCCCGCCAAGCAUAUCUUUGCGACCUCGAGAUCAGAGUCCGCCCCACAAACAGACUCAAAAACUACAUGGCUGAAGGGUAUUGACCUUACUCAACCCGAUGUCGGUCAAAAAUUGGUUUCACAGAUUCCAGCGUCCACCAAGAUCUCGACUGCCAUUAUUUCAGCCGGAUACUUUGGCUUCGAAUCCUUUGAUGCGCCAGACUGGGAAAAGGAGGUCCAGAUGUAUACUAUGUCAGCAAUCGCACCCGUUUUCCUGGUCCAUCAUCUUGUUAAGGCGGGUUUAUUGGGCGAAGCUAGUAAGGUGAUCCUCGUCAGCAGCGAGAGCGGCAGUAUCACACUCCGGCAUGAGAAAGAGGGCGGAGGGAAUUAUGGUCAUCAUGCAAGCAAGGCGGCCUUGAAUAUGGUGGGGAAGCUGCUCAGCAUUGACUUGCAGCCUAAGGGAAUCGCUGUUGGUUUGGUGCAUCCUGGCUUUAUGCGGACGGAAAUGACCAAGGGUGUUGGAUUUGACAAAUAUUGGGAUGCAGGUGGUGCUGUUACUCCGGACGAGGCUGCUCGGUCACUCGCGUCGUUCAUCGAGAAAUUUGAUAUCAAUCAGACUGGAGAGUACUGGGCACCAAGAGGACCUGCAGACAUUGGAACUGCAGAAAGUGUCCUCGGCAAAGACUUGUCGACUCCUUUGCAGCUUCCAUGGUAA